GUUGUGAAUUGCUUGGAUAAUUGUUUGAUAUAUCUAGAUAUUUGUACGUGCAGGGAUAAAACGAACGUGAAGAGACAUCGACGAAAUCCACCGCCGCCACAGCCAGAGGAGGAUGAGGAAGAAGAAGAUGCUGAAGUCGCAGCGCAAGUACGUGCACAAGGAGUAAAGACCUUUAGAUAGGGUUCAGUUUUCAAAUACUGAUUUUGUAUCCGAUUGAAGAUGUUAGGAGUAAAGACCUUUGCCGCAUGUUGUAGGAACGGGCUAUCCUCCAUCAUAAUAUAAGGAACCGAUUGUUUCCCAUUGUAGUCUGACUCAGUCUCCUUGCGUCUUUUUUCAGCCAACAAACUACAUUUACAAAGCACGAGAAAGAUUUAGUGCCCAGACUAAUAUCCACUCAAACC